CGCUCGCUUUUCCCAGCUGCCACCAGCGUGCACAUUGCGGCACGAAUCCCGGGCGAUAACUCCUGGUUCCGGCUGCGGCUUGCUGUCAGCUGGCCCGCAAAAUCUUCUAAAUUGAGCUUCAUUUGGCGGAGUUGUGGAAGGUUGAAGAAACCGUACUGGUCGCGACGCGCUGAGUUCGCGUUUAAUUGAGGUGGGGUGCUCGGAUACUUUUGGCCCCCCACUGUACGACACUCACCACACCGGCCGAGCCGGGGUCGCUCGCCGACAUCAUACGCGGGGAGCCUCGUUCACGUCUCUUCGUUCUCCCGACCUACUGGACCGAUAAGCAUUCUCGGCUGCUUGGCGCACGCUUCUGGGAGCAGCCUGCUAUCAAGUUGCCGGUCCCCAAAGGCAAACUACGGCUCGAGCAAUCCGAAAUGGCUAAAGGGCUGGCAUUGGAGCUGGACACACUUCUCUCGCAGGACACCCAGCCUGGCAGAGCCUCCGCGGCGAUGGAGCGUGUCAUGUCGACCUUCCCUGCCAGCCAACUGUUGCUUACUCGAAACGCCGCAGUAACAUGGCGGGUUGUCGGGAUGGUUGCCUCGGCGGUCUGCGAAAUACAGAAACUUGUCACAAGGCUGGCACUUGUAAAAGGGACGGCCUGCAUUUCCCUUGCGAUUCGAACGUCGAGUGAUGAACUUUGUGCUCGGUCGUUUGCAUAGGCGACACAACGGAGGGUGCUCGGG